AUGCAGAGAUUGCUACAGUCAAAGCGUCAGUGUCAUAUGCUGUCUGGUGUCCUUCUAGUUCCUGAUACCGUGGUGGCCAAUUAUUCCCUCCCACAGGUGAUGGUCCCUGCCUACUCGGGCAUUAAAGUCACCAAUGAGCUUGUCGUUGGUGGUCGCUCUCUGGAUGGUAUGGUCGAGCUGGGUGUAAAAUUUGGCUUUGUCUUCAUCAGCUUCCCUGAUGCUGCCCUCCUCGGGCAGUCUAGUCUUGCUGAGAGCCGCCACAUCUAUGUUGAAUCAGGCAAGCACCUUGCAAACGAGGGCUGUGCGUCUUUCCGGGCAGCAACAGGCAUUCUGUCAUUUCUUUUUCUUUUCUUUCUUUCACCUAUUUUCAUCCUUUCACCUCCAUCAUCACCACCCAAGUCCUAUGGUGAUAGCACCAUGAGCAGGCUUGGAAUGCUGGAAGCCUUCAGUCUGCAACUGCACACAGGUGGCAGGUCAAAGAUGGUCACUUUUGGGUGA